AUGGAUGAAUUAACAAAGAAAAAACGUAUACGCGCAGGACAUAGAGGUUCAGCAACAAAGAUUGUUUCAAAGAUAAAAGAAAAAUUGACGAACUACAACAGCGAAGGCGAGACAGACAAAAAUGCCUUGAAACAACUGCGAGACACUUUAAAGGAUAAGAUUGAAGCCUUAAAGAAUCUCGACGCAACGAUCAUCGAAUUGUUAAGUGACAGUAAAGACGAAGACGCGGAAGAGGAACUGGCUAAAGAAAUCGAGGAGUCAGACGACAUUAUAGCGGACAUGCAAAAGGUUAUCCUCGACAUAUCCGAUGUGACAAACGAAGCCAUUGUUCAAAGCGCAACAGUGACAGAUGAUACUACAUUGAACAGCAGCUUGUCUAGUGAGACAAAAAAGAUUAUUCGCGCUAAACUCCCGAAACUGGAAGUCAAAAAAUUUGGUGGAAAAUUGCAAGAGUGGCAAGAGUUUUGGGACUCGUUUGACAGCGCCGUAAACCAAAACGAAGGCUUAGCGGAUGUCGACAAGUUCGCGUACUUGAGAAGCCUGUUGAUUGAGCCAGCCAGAUCAGCUAUUUCGGGGUUUGCACUUACAUCGGCGUACUAUAACGAGGCGAUAGAUCUACUCAAGAGACGCUACGGGAAGAAAAACGCAAUACAAAAGGCGCACAUCCAGGAACUGAUGAACAUGAAACCAGUUUGUAAUGACCGAGACACAGAGAAACUACGGAAGCUAUAUGAUACGUGCGAGACAAAUUACCGAGGGUUGAAAGCCCUAGGGGUAGACGAAACCGCCUAUUCAACUAUCGUAGUGCCGGAAAUCCUGGAGAAGUUGCCCGAGUCCUUUCGAUUGACUAUAACUAGGGAUACAAACUUUUCCGAAUGGUCGAUGACAGAAGUUAUGGAUGCUUUUCUAAAAGAAAUUGAACUACGGGAAGCACACAAGCCAACGACAGAAAAACCCGAGAACCACGAAAGGCGAAAGAACAAUAUAUAUGGACAUGCUGGGGGAUCUGCUGCCGCUCUGUUUACGAGGCAAGGUCAUGGGAAUUACGGACGUAUAACGUGUGCAUAUUGUUUGGGAGAACACUCGCACGAAAAUUGCAAGAAGAUAACAGAUAUUAAUGAGCGUAAGCAACUUAUUCGUAAGUACGGACGAUGUUUUAUUUGUUUGAAAAAGGGACAUAUUAGUAAAAAUUGUUCUAGUAAUGUUAAUUGUAAUGCAUGCGGGAAACGACACCAUAGGUCUGUUUGUGAGGGUACUGGGGUUCCUACUGACCAUGUUCAAUCCAAUCAUUCCAUUCUGGGUUCUCAAAGUAGGGUAGCAUUGCAGACAGCACAAGCUUUAGUGAAGGGAGUGAAGGGUAGUCCAAAGGUCAGAGUACUCUUUGACACAGGGAGUCACAAAUCCUUUGUGAGUAGAAAGGUAGUUAAGGCAGCCGGAGUUCCAGCUAAGAGAAAGGAGUGGAUUGAAAUCAAAUCAUUUGGGCAAGAGAAGGCAGAGGGAAAAUUGCAUGACGUUUUUGAGUUAGAAGUUUUGCCAGUUACGGGGGGAGAGAGUGUGAAGAUUGAGGCAUACGGUGUAGAGUAUGUUUCACAAAUCAGAAAUGAGCAUGUAGAGUUGAAGAAAAGGGAUUAUUCGCAUUUGCAGGGAUUGUGGUUUUCUGAUGUUUGUAAGGAAAAUGAAGUGUUGGAAAUUGAGGUGUUGAUAGGGGCUGAUUAUCUGUGGUGUUUCCAGGAAGGAAAUGUUGUGCGAGGGAAGGCUGACGAGCCUGUGGCAGUGCAAACAAGGUUAGGUUGGGUAUUGUCUGGUCCUAUGAAGGUAAGUGGUAGUGGUAAUGAAACAAAUAGUAUGCAUGUUGUCGAUGUAAAUUUUCUUGCGCAAGAUAACUCAAGUUGUACAAAACUUGAUGAUUUUAUACAUCGUUUAUGGGAUUUUGAAACAUUAGGCAUUAGACAGGAAGAUGAUGCACACGAGUCUCUAAAAGAUUCAAUUAAGUUUAAUGGCACAAGGUACAGUGUAAAGUUACCUUGGAAGGAAGGUCAUAGUGCAUUACCAAGUAAUUACAACAUUAGCUUAAAGAGAUUGAAAGGUCAAUUAGGAAGGUUGAAGAAGGAACCGGAAAUUUUGGAGGAAUAUGAUAGUGUAAUUAAGGAACAACUAGAGAAGGGUAUAAUAGAGCCAGUAAUUGAGUUAGAAAGGGCUGAAAAGAUUCACUAGUAGAUGAAGCCCCCCAUAUGGGGUAAAUUUCCCGCCAUAUGACGUCAGCAUUUUUCCUGCCAUAGGACGUCAACAUUUUUAGGGAUAAGGGUGAC